UGGGCAGGCUUUCUGCCCGAGCCAGGGCUGGGUGGAGAGGUGCUGGGGCCCUGCCCCGGUAGGGCCACUCCGCUGACCACCCACUGGCCGGGCUCCGGGGCGGGGCCCUGGCUGCUCCCCUGGCCCCGCCCCCGGCCCGGAGUCCUAGACUGACCCGAGAAGCGGGCCCCAGCGCGCUACCUCUCGGCUUUGGCCUGGCCUGGGGCCGCAUGGAGCCGGCGUCGGCGGCCCGGCCCAGGCCGGAGCUCGUGUACCAGCUGGCCGGGGCCCUGGGGACCGAGCUACAGAGGCUUGCCAGCCGCUUCGGGCCUGGGGCGGCCGCCGGGCUGGUGCCUCAUGUGGUGCGGGCGUUGGAGCUGCUGGAGGGGGCGGCGGCGGGGGCGCCCCGCGGGCCAGAGGAGGAGGCGGGGGAAUCGCUGGGGGACGAGCAGCGGGACGAGUGGCCGCCAGGAGCCGGAACAGGCGGGAGGGGGAGGGCAGCGCCUCCCUCUGACGAGCGGCUCCUGCUGCGGCAGCUGAAGCAAGUGACGGACCGGCAGCGAGACCAGCUCCGUGCGCAGAGCCGGGACCUGCAGCUCCGCGGCCAGGAGGUGGAGGCGUUGCAGGAGCAGCUGCAGCGACUCCUGCGGGUCAACGGGGAGCUCCGGUGCAAGCUGGCCGCCGUGCAGGUCCAGUUGCGGGCCGCGCAGCAGAGGGCAGCCGAGGGGGAGGGGGCUCCUGCCCCGGCCCGGGUCCGGGAGGCACCCGAGGGCACCGUGAGUGGUAGGGCAGCCCCUGGGUCCUGUGGGCGUGCAGGAGGGAGAAGCCCCGAAGGCUUCAGCCGAGAAGAGGUCAGCCGGAUCCUGCAGGAGCGCAAUGAGCUCAAAGCGAACGUGUUCUUGUUGCAGGAGGAGCUGAAUUAUUACCAGCGGGAGCUGCUCGCUGACCACCGCGUCCCGGGGCUCCUGCUCGAUGCCAUGAAGCUGACCGUGAAGAAACAGCGCAGGAAGAUCAAGGCCAAGAUGCUGGGGACCCCCGACGCCCCGGGGAGCAGCGACGAUGACGACGACGACGACGAUGACGAGGAUGAUGACACUGACGCCUCGUGGCUGCCGCCUCCCAGCGUGGAGGGGACGAGCCCCCCCGCAACCCCCGGAUCCAGAAUCAGGAGUUUCUUCAGCUUUUGGUAUUGGGGAAACCCAGAGCCUUCCCCAGAGCUGCCACAAAGCGAAGCCGUCACCCACCCCCCGGAGGAGCUGCCACCGCCUCCCCCUGCGUCCUCAGGGGGGACCCCAUGACCACUGGCCUGACCAGCCCUGGCUCAGUUCUUUCAAUAAACGUGGUAGAAUGGGGGCUUCCGGACCAGCUAGCCUCGUGAAUGCCAGCCACGGAGAAGGUGCCUAAUAAAUGUUUGCUGACCGACCGAC